GCGCGCGGCGCUGCCAUGGUAGCAGCGGACGCGGUCGGAGGCAGCGCGGGGCUGCAGGCGAGGAUGGAGGCGGACCUGGGCUCGGCCUCGUCAGUCUCUUCACUACGAGCCUUGGCGCAGCUGCUGGCGUCCCCGCAGGGGGACGCUGCGGACGUCGACUGCGACGAUGGGUCAUAUUCUUCUGUUAAUAUCAUGAGUCCUGGGAAUAUUGGACCAGCAAAGAAAGCAGAAGCCACUGACACCCCUCAAAUGACUCUCACAAAUACUAAAGAUAUCUGGAAUACAGAGGAGGUAUCAGAAGGUUCAGAGUUUGAUGAUACCUGGGACCCAAGGGAGCAACCACAGUAUGAGAUUUUAUUCAAACAGCAGGUGGGAACAGAGGACAUCUUCCUGGGGAUGAGCAGGAAGGACCCAUCUACAGCCUGCUGCGAGGACAUGCUGAUUAGAAUCAAACUCCCAGAUACAAAGUCCUCCGAUAUUACUCUAGACAUUCAGGAGAAGAUCCUUGACCUUCGAACCCCCAAAAAGAAGCUGCUACUGCACCUCCCUUACCCUGUGGACAGCAAGAAUGGAAAAGCUUUUUUCAUCUCAGAAAAGGAGACCUUGGAAGUCACCUUAAGGAUGACGAGAGAGUUGGACUUCAUCAACUUUUCUUAAGGGCAGGGAGAAUUAGGGAAAGUUUUCAAGCAGGAAUUUACAUGGCCUUGGAGUUGUCUCAGAACCUGACUGAUAGCCAAGUGAGGGACUGUUCCCAUUCAGAAUGGGUGAGGAGGGACAGAAUCCUGCUGCAGCUCCUUCUCAGACAUUUGUAUGAUGCGGUAGACCAUAUUGUACUUUUCUUGAAGGUGAACAGGAAGCAGAAAUGUUUUGGUUUUUCUUCCUAUGGGAAAUUUAGGCCUUGAAGUCACAACCCUACCAUAUCCCAACUCAUCCCAUUCCAAGUGUGGCCCAACAUGCCAGGUGUCGUGGUAUACAAAACACAAAUGGGAGAAGUCUUUCCUGCCUCCUUGAUAAAUAUCCCACAAAGAUCAUGGCUGCAGAUGGUUUCUCAUGGGCUUCUGCUGCUUACUGUUUAGGGUUCUCAGGUUAAGUCUUAAUCUUGCCGUUAGGUUGUUCACAUCACUCCAUAUCUCCAAAAGGGGUGAGUGGGAUUAUAGGUUCCGGGUCAGAUCAUAAACCCGCUGAAGUCAGUAGAAAGAUACCUUGUUAGCUUCAAAGGGUUUGGAUUAAGCCUCAUAUAGUGGUGUAUAGCUUGUUCCAGGAGGUACAACUGAGGCCAGGAUUCCUGUGUACUUAGUUUGAAUGAUUUGUCAUGGGAUUGGUACUGUUUAAAUGAUGCCUUAAUAUGCCAUCUAUGGUUAAUUAAAAUGUUAUUCAUACACUAA